CGUAGUCCCGGAGAGCAGAAUGCAGUGGGAUCCUGGCCCGCUAGAGGGUAGGAUUUUGGUAGCGACGGCCGAGUGCAGGACUGGGAGUGUCUGGGUUUGUCAACGAGCUGCACUGCUUUUAUCUGGCAGGGGGGUGCCCUCUUCCCAAGGCUUGACCCACGGAUGGGACUGGGAGGCGCUUUGGGAACGCAGCGCGCACGCGUACUGACGCCCAUGGAGGCGGGGCCAGGUACCCCAGAGUAACGGACACGCCGUGCGCGGUCGCCCGUGGGGGCGUGGUUUCGUGCCGGAGGGGGCCGGAUGAGGGGAGGCUGCGCAGGCGCGUAGGGUCGCGGCCGAUUUCUGGAGGGGCGGAAGCGCUGUGGGGACAUUAGGCAGAAAUGGCUGCCUCAACCAUGAAGGAGUGUGAAGGAAAUACACGUAAAGCCCUCAGCACAGUAACUAUGGUUACAGUCAUUUUCAAUCAAUGACCAUUUUGAGGAACAGAUGUGGAGACAUUGCACUAGACUCUCUCACAACUUGGAGAACCAGUAAAUCCCAAAAAAAGCUCCACAUUCACAGGACUCUGUUCUUCAAGAGAGAGGCCUCAUGAAGGGGAGCAUGGCCACUGGACCUCUGGAAGGCACAUCACAGCGGUCACUGACAUUCCGAGAUGUGGCCAUCGACUUCUCCCAAGAAGAGUGGGGAUUCCUGGACCCUGCUCAGAGAGAGCUGUACACAGCUGUGAUGUCAGAGACUUACCAGAACCUGGUCUGGCUGGGCAUAUCUGUUGCUGAUCCCAACAUAGCCUUCCUGUUGGAGCGAGGCCCACAGCCCUGGGUGAUGAGGGAGGAGGAUGCAGAAGCUCCAGGGGCAGAGAGUGAAUCAACACAGAAAAGCAAGGAAUUGUCUUUAAGGAAGAGAAUAAAAGGAGAAACAUACCAUUAUGAAAGAGGGAUGAAAAAAACUAGCAGCAUGGGUAGAGAAUAUGAAAAAGCCUCCAGCACCCGGGCAUACCUCAUCAUCCAUCAGAAGACGAAGGAGGAAGAGAAAUGCUACCAGUGCUUCGAGUGUGGGAAAUCCUUCCGUCGUCGAUCAACUCUCAUCCAGCAUCAGAGGAUCCACACAGGAGAGAGACCCUAUCAGUGCAGCAAGUGCGGCAAAGCCUUCAACCAGAAGGCCCACCUCGCCCAACACCAGCGCACCCACACGGGUGAGAAGCCCUAUGCCUGUGGGCAGUGCACACGGGCCUUCAGCCAGGUGACACACCUCACCCAGCACCAGAUCGUCCACACCGGAGAGAAGUUCCAUGGCUGCAGCGAGUGUGGGAAGGCCUUCAGCCGCCCCUCCGCCCUCGCAGACCACCAGAGAAUCCACAGCGGAGAAAAACCCUUCAAGUGCAAGGCCUGUGGCAGAGCCUUCACCCAGAGCGCCCAGCUCCUCAGACACCAGAAGAUCCACUCUGAAGACAAGCCCUACAGAUGCAGCAAGUGCACCAAGUCCUUCAUCCGGCUCUCCUCCCUGACGGAGCACCAGAGGACUCACACCGGAGAGAAGCCCUAUCAGUGUGAGGACUGCCCGAAGGCCUUCUGCCGCCUCGUGCAGCUCACUCAGCACCAGAGAACCCACACUGGUGAGAAGCCCUACACGUGUCAGGAAUGUGGCCGGGCCUUCACCUGCAGGUCCCAUUUCAUUGUCCACAGGCGGAGUCACACAGGAGAGAGACCCUAUGAAUGUCAGGUGUGCGGGAAAACCUUCAACAAUCACUCCUCCCUGGUGACGCACGACAGGACUCACAGUGGAGUGAAGCCCUUCAGAUGCGAUGCGUGUGGGAAGGCCUUCAGCACAUCCUCCUCGCUCUGUCAACAUAAGAGGAUUCAUACUGGGGAAAAGCCCUACAGUUGCCACAAAUGUGGGAAGUCCUUCAGGUGCAGGUCACACCUUAGUCGACAUCAGCAAAUUCAUACGGGAGAAUACUGACCAAAGCCAACCAGACUUGAAAAUGUUACUAUUCCAGUUACCUAACUGUCAGUCAAGAUCUUGAAAACAAGCAGCCUCAGUUGACUCUGACUCUUAGAAAAGCAGCUUAUUCUCAAGGUCUCAGGAGCUCACUGAAAAAUAGAUAAUGAACCAGGACCUACUGUAUAGCAUAGGGAACUAUACUCAAGGUUUUGUAAUAAGCUACAAAGGAAAUACAGCUCUGGUUUUUCCAGUAGUUGUGUACAGAUGUGAGACUUGGACCACAAAGAAGGCUGCCCAUGGAAUUCUGUCCUCGAUCUGUAGUCUUCCCCAGGCAAGAAUACUGGAUUGGGUAGCUAU